CGCAAACAACAAUCAAGAUGAAGUUCGUUCUUGCUUUCCUCGCCCUCGUCGCCGUGGCCGCCGCCCGCCCCGGCAGCGUCCUGGACCUGGACUUCGAUGACUUCCACAUUGACCAGGAUAUCACCAACCGGGUGAUGCAGGGAACCUACAGCUGGACGUCCCCAGAGGGAGACAAAUUCUUCAUCAAGUACAUCGCCGACGAUGACGGAUACCGCAUCGUCGAGUCCAACGCCGUGCCCGUCACCAACGGCGUCGCCGCCGACGGCAACCAGGGAUCCUUCGACUCCUUCGAGGAUCGAUCCGCUUCCUUCGAGGAUCGAUUCGACAGGAAGUGAGCCGAUCCCGAUCCCACCGACUAACACGCGCCCACAACGGACCCCUCAGGCCUCCCUCGACCGUUCCUCCGAAGUCGCUCUGGCUCGCGGGUCGCUGUCUGGAGUCUGGCGGCAGAUCACGUGGAUUCAUAGCAUAAUUUAUUUCUCUCUCUGUUGUAGUGGAAAUGUUAUUUCAAUAAAUUUAUAAAUACUU